UUUUACAAAACAAUUCAACCGAAAUUUGCCUCAAGAACACCUGGCCUACUAAAAAAUGUAUUAAGAUGGACUCAGAGCACAGGGUGGACGAUAAGAAUCCACAGAGUUACUGUCCACACUCGGACAUCGAGUUUCGACAUGUCGUCCGAUCAACUCACAUCGACAAGAGCAUCGAAGCUAAACGAAAAGUAAUAAGGAUGCUUUUCGUUAUUAUCCUCGAAUUUUUCGUCUGCUGGACACCUCUUCAUGUUAUAAAUACAAUCUACUUGUUCUACCCUGAAGAACUGUACCAGUACAUCGGUUCGAAAGGCAUUGUCUCUCUCCAGCUGCUUGCAUAUUGCUCGUCCUGCUGCAAUCCUAUCACAUACUGCUUCAUGAACCGCAAAUUCAGGCAGGCUUUCAUCAGUCUUAUCAAGGGUUGCAAGUUGUUCAGAAAAUGCUUCUCAAAAAAGCUGGAGUCCAAACAAGUGACACCACCUCCUAGCAGCCAGGACGUGACCGCUUGCGUGGUCAGGGGCAGCCAGACUGGACGCACAGAACUGGACGGACUAGAAGGGGAGGAUUGUGUUUAGCAGCAGCUCACAAAGCACUACGCUGGCAAGCGGCUCGCACUCGGCACUGCCCACCGCCGUUCUCGCCCGACACGGCACCCAGGUCAUCGAAACAGGAGAAAAGGGAAGCCAAUUCCUCUAUCGUAUCACAUGGGCGAGAAAUGGACAGAAAAGCGCACAACCACUUUAUGAAUAACUUUAACACUGCAAGCAAGCCAACUAGU